AUGCGUGUGCAUGGUGUGUGGGAUGCUCUGGGAAGCCUGGGCCACCGAGGGCAGAGCCACCAUUCAGAACAGCCUGCCUGUGGCUGGCCUCCAAGUAGUCGUCUGGUGCUGGGCUGGGGCCUGGGCGGGGACAUGGCGGCCAGUGCGGAUGGCAGUGCCCGGGGUCGUCGGGAGUUCGCCGCUGCUCUGCUGGCCGUGGUGUGGCAGCUGAGUUACAGACACUGGCAGGAAAGAUUCCCCGCCUUCCCGGGAUGGUGCGUCGUCAGCGCCGAGCCGGGAGACUUGGUCUGCCAGUCGUGCAUGGCUCGCCCUGCGUGGAGCUCGUUGGAAAAGCAGAGCUCGGGGGAAACGUGUCACGAGUGUCCUGGAGAGGAAGGGGCCUGGGAGGAGCGGGAGCGGUUUGCCGCGUGGUCGGGGACGGUGUCCGCGCGGAUGCGGGCCAGACCGCCACACCGAAGGUCGCGUUCCUGCUUUUCAGACUGGGCUGCUGCCAUCCGGGUCGCCGCCCUGGACUGCGCGGAGGAGGAGAAUCACGAGGUGUGCCGAGCCUACGACGUCCACUUCUAUCCCACCUUCCGGUAUUUCAAGGCAUUUACAAAGGAGUUUAUAACUGGAGAAAAUUUUAAAGGGCCCGACCGAGAGCUACAGACGGUGAGGCGGACGAUGAUCGACUUCCUGCAGAACCACACGGACGGACACAGGCCCCCUGCCUGCCCGCCUCUGGGCCCCGUCCGGCCCAGUGACAUCCUUUCGCUCCUGGACAGCCGCGAUGGCCGUUACGUGGCCAUCCUGUUCGAGAGCAACAGCUCCUAUGUUGGACGGGAGGUGAUCCUAGACCUGCUUCCGUACGAGAACAUCGUGGUGAAGAGAGCGCUGGACACAGACAAAGCCUUCCUGGAGAAACUUGGGGUCUCUUCCGUUCCCUCCUGUUACUUGAUUUACCCAAACGGGUCACACGGAUUAAUUAACAUCGGAAAGCCUCUCCGGUCGUUUUUUUCCUCUUACUUGAAGUCGUUGCCAGAUGUGAGGAAAAAACUGCUUUCGGUGCCUGAAAGACCCAACAGAGCAGAAACUCCAGAAAUCGUGGUUUGGAGAGAAUUUGACAGGUCAAAGCUGUACACGGCUGACCUAGAGUCAGGGCUACACUACUUGCUGAGGGUCGAGCUGGCCGCCCACAAGUCCCUGGCGGGGGCCGAGCUACGGACGCUCAAGGACUUCGUCACUGUCCUCGCCAAGCUGUUCCCCGGCCGGGCGCCAGUCAGGAAGCUGCUGGAGACGCUGCAGGAGUGGCUGGCCAGCCUUCCCCUGGACAGGAUCCCCUACAACGCCGUCCUCGACCUGGCCAACAACAAGAUGCGGAUUUCUGGAAUAUUCCUUAUUAAUCACAUAAAGUGGGUUGGAUGUCAAGGAAGCCGACCAGAGUUCAGGGGUUACACGUGUGCUCUCUGGAAACUGUUCCACACUUUGACCGUCCAAGCUGGGGCCCAUCCAGAAGCGCUGGAUGGCACAGGUUUCGAGGGGGACCCGCAGGCAGUGCUGCAGAGCAUCAGGAGGUACGUUCGCACCUUCUUCGGCUGUAAGGAGUGCGCCGAGCACUUUGAGGAGAUGGCGAAAGAGUCCAUGGAUUCCGUCAGAACCGCAGACCAGGCGAUCCUCUGGCUUUGGAAGAAACACAACUUCGUAAACAACCGCCUGGCAGGCCAUCUGAGUGAGGACCCCAAGUUUCCGAAGGUUCCGUGGCCCAGCCCGGACCUCUGCCCAGCCUGCCACGAGGAAGUUAAGGGCCUGCACAGCUGGAACGAGGGUCAGGUGCUCCUGUUUCUGAAGCAGCACUACGGCAGCGGCAACCUCGUGGACACAUACGCCGAGGACCAGGGAGACGCCAGCGACGGAGGCGGCCCGCCCGGGGGCGGGGAGCGCGAGAGGGGCCACGCUUCCCCAGAGAAGCCUCGGGGGGACCAGCGUGCCGAGAGUGCCCGUCCACCCAGCGUGCUGCCUCCCAGACCCCGCCUGUCCGAGGGGUCACAGCUUGGCCUGGACGGGAGACUCCAGAGCGUGAGCUGGGCUGAGGGCCGCAGGGAGGCAGAGGCGGUCGUGCCCUUCCUCGGGAUGGGCUUCUCCAGCUUGGACAUGAGCCUCUGCGUCGUGCUGUACGUGGCCUCGUCCCUGUUUCUGAUGAUGAUGUACUUCUUCUUCCGGGUGCGCUCCAAGCGAUGGAAGGUCAGGCAUCACCGCCCGUCCGUGUAG